AUGAAUUAGGACCAACUUUAAUUCGAUUUCUAGUUGAAAGCCUUAUUCAUGUUUAAUCCUUUGGCAAUCCCUACAGUUCCAAAGCCUUCCGAACAAGUAAUCUGA